UCAUGAGUGGUGGACUUACAUAAAUCACGAAUUUUCAUAAAAUUUCAAAAAACUCUAUUUUCAAUUUCAAGGGGUCUGCAACUGUACUUCUCAUCAGUCAUGACCAAUCACCUACCUAUCUAAAUUCUAAUGGAGUAUCUAUCUUGUCUCUAUAUUUUCAUGUUUAGAAAAAUGAUCUAAAUUUACAGAAGAACUUGAGUCUUGUGAGUUUAACAUGCAGCAACACUUACACACUAGAAAAACAAACUGGGGAGACCUCCCUCUUGAGCUUCUCAGAUCAAUAGCCAAAAACCUCAAACAAUUCUCAGAUUUCUGCAACUUCAAAUCUGUAUGCAAGAAAUGGUAUUACUCUUUAUCCAUCUCUGCUCUCUUACCCUUUAGUGAUUAUGCAUCCCAUUCUUCAACUCUCUUUUCUUCUUCCAUUUUACUCCUCCAUGCCCAUUCAUCAAGCUCUAGCUCUUCCCCUACUCCAUGGAUGGUUAGCUCUGUCGAGAUCUUCAAAGGUAACAUGCAAUUACUCCACCCUUUCUUUCGAACCCCAUUUCCAAAUCAAAUUAAUUUAGACAAUUUUCACUUCUCUGUUUUGGCUCAGUCGUACCACAUUGCACCUUCUCAUAACCUCAAUUGCGCAUCAUCUCUGUCUACCAUCGACAAAGUGUUGGUUUUUUCCGACCAUCGAGUUCCGUCCAUCGAUGAUUGCUCAAUCUUUGUUUUGCACAAUGGUAGAUUAGGCGGGUACCCUUCUUCUAAUCAAGAAGAUGAUCCUCAUUGGGUUGAUGUUUCGUAUCAUGGGGUUGAUGAAUUCGAUGAUAUUAUCAAUUUUAAAGGACUGAUUUAUGCAGUUGAUUGGCAAGGUAAGCUUUAUCAGAUGGCAAAUGAUCAAAUUUCUGUUCAAAAAACUCUAGUUUCUUUCGUAAUCUCAAAUGCAGGUGCGUAUAAUGGGUGGCGAAAACGGUUAGUUGGGUCAACAUUAGAUGAGAAUCUGUAUUUGGUUGUUAGAGAGAUGGAUAAGUUUAAAGUAUACAUGUUAUCGAAUCGUGGAAAAAUGGGUGUAUGGAUUAAGGUUCAGAGUUUUGCUGAUGAUAAACAAGUGUUAUUUUUGUCUAGAGUUUAUGGGUUCUUUGCAAAAACUAGCAAUUUCCCUGGUCGUCAACUUGGGAAUUGUAUUGUGUUCUCUGAUGAUGCUUUCCCGAUCUAUUCGUUUAGGGGUUGGGUGUAUCAAAUGGAUGUCCAAUCUGAAGAAGAAAUUAAGAUUUUUCAACUAGGAGUAAGAGUAAUCGAUGGUUGUAGUAAUUUUCGACCUAUUUUGUCAUGUUCAAACUUUCCUAUCAUGCUAUGGUCACCCCCAACGUUGAUUUCCCAAGCUCCACCGGGUUUUCGAUCGCCUCUUGAUUUUGAAAGGAACUAUAUCGGCAAAGACAACAUGUUUCCCCAUAGAAAUUCUAUGGGCAACGAGAUGCGACGUGAUUCACAUAAAGCAUCAGUGGAACCAGAGAGAUCGGUGGCUGCUAGAGUUCAGAUAGAUACCGGAACUCCUCAUGUAGUUCAGCCUGUUGAAAAGGGAGUUUCUGUCACCCCAAAGUUCCAAGGGAUAGAUGUCCAUACUGAUCACCUUCCUAUUUUGAAAAAAGUGUGGGCAAAGCAUGGAGAUGUUGUGAAAGGGAUUAACUUACAUAGUUCCGACUUUUUGGCCACUGCACUGAGUGCUUUAGCGAAACUAAUACACAUUCUUGAAACAAACACGGGAAAGACAUUAACUGAUGACCGAGCUAAUUAUCUGACUUCAACAAUGUCGGAUUUACUGUCGUUGGGUGUGAACGUAGAGUGGUUAGUUCCUUUUGUGGAGAAGGCUUCAGCUCUGCACCAAAGGAAGUCAUUAGAGGCUGCACUGGUAGAGUUUGAGAAGGCUAAAGCUAAGGUUGAAGAGAUGAACAGAAUCUUUGUUGGGAAGAUGGCUGAAAUGUCGCAAAGAUUUCAUACAGGUAACAGGCAGCCUCAAGAUGGUGUUGGCAUGUUUGCAAGCGAGAUCGACCCGGAUAAAUUGGUUGGUGAAGGGUUGUUGUGAUCUACUUUGCUCAAGUUUGGUAUUGGAUGUUAUCAGAACACUAAGAUGUAGUUUGUUUUGUUGUUUUGGAUGUUAAGGCAGCAUUGCCCUUAUGCUUAAGUGGUUUAAAUUAAUGGUAUGCUUUGCUUGGGCUAAGACAUGGGCUUAUGGAUGAUACACAAGCACAUUUUAGAAAUUUGAAAAAAAUUAAGCUUAUUAUCAAAAAAAUUCCUAAAUUUAGG